UCUGAUCGUUCAGAGCUUCAAAUUCGUGUUUCUUUUUUAGUUCUGAACAUGUUCAAAGUGUGCUCUGUAAGCUCAAACUAAAAUAACAGAGUAAAUGGAGUAGAAUGCUACAAAAACAAUUUGAUAUUCAAAAGCUGGGAAAAUAAAAAAAUCAUCGUCAAAACAAUAAAAAUGGUGGAAGAGGCUGGUCGCACUAAUGCAGAAGUGCUGAUGGAAGAAUCUAAACUCAGUAUGCAAAUAAGAAAGCAAAUCAACUAUCAUUUGCGUAAUGGAGAUCCAUUGCCAGCGCGUCCGCCACCAAUAAAGACCACUCCCAAGAAUAUGGACGACAAUACUCGAGCUCUCUACAUAAUCCAAAAAGCUCGUGCUGCCAAAAAGAAGAGCCUUAAUUCUAUUCUUGCCAGUGGUGCUUAUGAAAUGCCAAGGUAUCGUCCAAAUCCAGAUGGGAAGAUGCCAUCGAAUAAGGCCAAACUCAAAUUACAAGAAGUAAUGAGUGGUAUUCGACACUCAGAAGUUUGUCUCAAACCAAAGAAAAGACCUGAGCAGAUAGAAGAAGAUUCUUAUGAUCCAGAAGAUCUUAUAAAUGAAUUACUCGACCAAAUUAAUGAACGAGCAGAUUGGUUGGCUGAAAUGGAAGAACUAGGUGAAGGCAAGAAGUACCGAGAUGAUAUUAAAUCACAAAUAGCAGAUCGUUUGAGAAAAAUAAAAAUGUUAGAAAAACAAAUAGAACUCAAGAAACAGGGAUAUCGGUUUGUCGAAUAAGGAGUUCAAUUCAAAAUUACUGAAAUAAUUAAACAAAUAUGUAUGCGAGUUUUUUUUUCAAAAUUUAAUUUUUUA